AAGAGUAAGCCUUUUAACAUCUGCGAUACCACUUUUCGCGUCAUGGGUGAUAAUUUUUUUUGCAAGAUCGGUUAUGGCGUUGUACAUAGCCAGAUUAAUUGGUGGUAUUGCCAGUGGUCAGCUCAGUGCCACUCUUCCAAUUUAUAUCGGGGAGAUAUCCGAAAAGGAUAUACGAGGACGUCUUUCUAACCUAUUCACUGUGCUAGGAAGUUUGGGAGGAUUGUAUAUUUACACAGUGGGCCCUUUCGUGUCAUAUCACGUGUUGGCAGGAACUUGUGCCAUAGUGCCCUUUAUUGUUACAGUUAUGUGCUGGUUUUUACCGGAAACUCCAUAUUACUUGGCUAAGAAGAACAAACCGGACAAGGCUAGGGAAUGCAUUGUGAAGCUGUCGUGCAAUCGGGCGGAUGAAAAUUUCAUCGAAACAAGAAUGCAAGAGAUAAGAGAUAGUAUAAACAAUGACAGAAAGAAUACAUCACAAUUUUGGGAACUCAUCACGAAACAGCAGUAUAGAAAACCUUUUCUAAUUGUACUAGGUUUGUGUUAAAUGUGUAUGUCCAAU